CAUUCUAGCGUUUAAUGCUGAGGAGGACUCUAGCGCUGAACUGGGAAGGACGCAGCCUACAGUUUGAGAAGCACCCUGAGGCUGGCUGUCAAGAACCAAAAUUCAAAGCAGUGUGUACGCGCUUUGCGCAUGCUCAAACGGAAGAGGCCGCUCAACUUCUGUUCUCCGCGCGCUGGAAUCGCCAUAACUGGAACCGGGGAAUCGGUUUAGGGCUCACGGAGUGCCUGUAGCAGGGUGAAUCAGAAUGGGAGACAAGCCGAUUUGGGAACAAAUAGGAUCCAGCUUUGUGCAACAUUACUAUCAGCUGUUUGACACCGACAGGACUCAACUUGGAUCGAUAUAUAUUGAUGCGUCAUGCCUUACCUGGGAGGGUCAGCAAUUCCAGGGAAAAGCGGCAAUUGUCGAAAAGCUUUCCAGCCUGCCCUUCACAAAAAUAGCUCACAGCAUCACAGCACAAGACCAUCAGCCCACCCCUGAUAGCUGCAUAUUGAGUAUGGUAGUAGGCCAACUAAAAGCAGAUGAUGACCCUAUCAUGGGAUUCCAUCAGAGCUUCAUCCUGAAGAACAUUAACGAGGCUUGGGUUUGCACCAAUGACAUGUUCCGCCUGGCGCUGCACAAUUUUGGUUAAACGCCCCAUGGCUAGCCGGAGGGAAGUGGGGGAAGGUGGAGGAUGGGGUUCCGCCCUGAUGACGCCUGAACCUGUCAAUCAGCUCUUCAUUCUUCACACUCGAGAAACAGCUCUGGAUUACAGCAGUCAAUCACAGAAAACAUGCAGGCAUAUACUGUACUGCCUCUACUCCAGAAAUGACAUGUUUCUUUACUGAAAGCCCACACAUCCAUCUGACCCUUUUCCUUCGCCAGCCUGCAUGAUGAUGGGGAACUUAAAUAUCAGAGGACGCUCGACCAGGACAAAAACGUAUUAACCUAACCUCGGGUGUAUGAAAUUUUCAAUUUUAGUUGGUGAUUUUGACUUUGAAAUAACAACCAUCUUACUGCCUAUAUUUGCUUUAGUACAACAUGUUCAGCUUGUUUUUAGAAUUUGCUCCUUGUAGUUUAAAUCUUUUUUUUUUUUUUGCCCCACUUGAAAAUUGGUGUGACGUCAGGUUGCCCUAGCUAUCCAAAGAACACCACCCUAAUUUCCCCUUCCCCUCAGACCAGUGUGCUUCCCACUUUCUGCCCACUGUUCUCUGUGACAAUGAUCACCAAGCCAAGAUACACAAUAAAACAUUUGAAUUUUUCUUAA